AUGGACCAGUGCGGUGUUUGCGGUGGCAAUAACACCUGCGUCAAGUCCACAGAGACACCGUCGACAAAGACGGAAGCAACCACCAACGACAGCGUCAGUAAACUUGACAUUGCCAAGGACGACGCCUUGGCUCAUGACCACCAAUUGAGUAUUGAACAUGAACAUCAAAGAGAGCAAGAACAACAGCAACAGUCGCCGCCUGCCAUCGACGAAUCAGAAGCAAGUUUGAUCUGUCAAAUUUCUACUCGUACGAAACAGAGGGAAUCGUGUUCUUUUUUUCUUUGGCUUUUUCUUUUUCUUCGCUUUCUUUUUCAUCUUCUAUUUCUUCUUUUUCUUUUUCCUUUUUCUUUUCUUCUUUUUCUUUUUUAUUUUUCCUCUUAUUCUUUUUUCCUUCUUUUUCUUUUCUUUUCCUUCUUUUUCUUUUUCGUCUUAUUCUUUUUUUUUACUUUUUCUUGUUCUUUUUCUUCUUUUCUUUUUCUUAUUCUUUUCUUCUUUUUCGUUUUCUUUUUCUUUUCUUUCUCUUUUCCUUCUUUUUCUAUUCGUUUUCUUCUUUUUCUUUUUUGUCUUAUUCUUUUUCUUUCCUUCUUUUCCUUUUUCUUUUUCUUCUUAUUCUUUUCCUUCUUUUUUUCUAUUUCUUUUUCUUCUUUGUCUUUUUUUUUUCGUCGUCUUCUAUUUCUUCCUUUUCCUUUAUUUUCUUCUUUUUUCUUCUUCUUCUUAUUUCCUGCGUCUCUCUCUCUCUCUCUCUCUCUCUCUCUUUAG